CGUAGUGGCUCGUGUGCGCGUGCGUGAAUGCGAGAGCGUAUGCGUGUGUGUGUGCGUUGAGCUGCGUACCCGCUCGCUUGGCGGUAGAAACGACUGGCGGGGCGGACAUGGAGGAACUCAGGGAAAGCGCUGCUGGGAAGUGACCGAUCACCGAGGCGAAGAGAGGGGGGAACGGAGAGAGCGAGGACGGACGGACGGAUAUACGGGAGGAAAGAAGGAAGGAAGGACGGAAGGAGAGUGGCGAGAAAAGUCUAACAAGAGGACGGAAAGAGAGUGAAAAGCGGCUCGUCUGGAACGCAGCGGGAUUCUAAGGAGUGAGCCCUGGGCUGGAUGGGACCCACCAUGCCUCCCAGUAAGAAGGCCCAGAGCCCCAGCAGUGGAGCCAGUGCUUCACAGGGCAUGAGCCCGCCAUACCGCCAAGGGGACGCCGUAACGGCAGCAUCCGAGGCGGAGGCAGCAGACUUGUCACUGUCCUUGUCAGCGUCCUUCUCCAAAGCUGAAGACGAGGAGCUCACGAGUCUUUCUUGGCUCCACGAGAGCACCGACCUCCUGAACAGCUUCAGCCACUCGGGGUUGCGUAGCGUUUCCCCACUGCUGGACCCCGAUGGUCAGCACCCCCACUCGCCUUCUUCCACGUCGCCAUGCCCGGACGACCCCCUGCUGGGCGAUGCACACUCGGCGUACGACUUCGCAGCGGGGGCCAACAGGAAACCACCCUACUCCUUUAGCUGUUUGAUCUUUAUGGCUAUUGAGGAUGCGCCGAACAAGCGACUACCAGUGAAAGAUAUCUACGGUUGGAUCUUGGAGCAUUUCCCCUACUUUGCAAGCGCCCCCACAGGAUGGAAGAACUCAGUGCGCCACAAUCUUUCACUUAACAAGUGUUUCAAGAAGGUGGAUAAAGACCGCAGUCAGAGCAUAGGAAAAGGAUCUCUAUGGUCAAUAGACCCAGAGUACAGGCACAACCUGAUUCAGGCACUGAAGAAAACACCGUACCAUCCCUACUCAACAGGCCUGGCCACCCCUUCCACUUCCCCACCUACCCUGUCUCAGACGUUUCACCACAGUCCUCCAUUGUGGUCAGGGAGUCCCCUCUUCAGGAAGAAUGGCGGAGUCCUCCUACAAGUUCCUCGUGGUGUGAUUCAAAAUGGAGCCCGUGUCAGGAGCCAGGCACUUUUCCCUGUGAUAAGACCCGUUCCUGUAAACCCAGUAGGGAGCAGAACUUCGGCCAUAAGCUGCAGGGGGGCACUCAAGCGGAAAAGAUCAUCCAUAGGAGACUAUCUGAAACGAGGCCAGGACAGCCCUUCCUGCUACUCUCCUCCGCCCUGCGGCGAGGACCUUCAGGAAGACCACAAUUACAGUACCGCCAAAUCCCCCCAGGCCACAGGCCCUUCGUCUCCGACAAACGACGACGACAUCAUCGCCGUGGAAAUCCAGUCCGACAUCAAACCGGAGCCCCGGGAGAUCCCGCUGGACCCCCACAUCACGAGCGCCACCGCGACUUACCUUUCCCAGCAAACCCUGCGCGGACAGAGACGUAGCUUGGGGGCAGGACCUGGGACUCUGGCGGGAAGCAGCUUUGCGUGGACCAAAAACCGAGCGAGGGGCAUUAGCGACACGCUGCCGCUGAAGAAGCGGCGCGCCGUGGAGAAGCCGCCAGAAAGCGACGAUGAGGAGAUGAAGGAGGCGGCGGGGUCGCUGCUCCACUUGGCCGGCGUACGAGCUUGCCUCAACAACAUCACAAACCGCACCGCCAAGGGUCAGAAGGAGCAGAAAGAGGCCCUAAGAAACUAAAAUACACCUAGUACAUAAUCACGCCAACACAUUAGCACGCCGACCGACACAUUCACACUGUACAACACACAAAUAGAUCAACAGGUAACAUGUUUAGUCUCUACGGACACUUCUCAUCUCCCUCUAUCUAUCUGCAGGGCAUUAGGUGAAUCCUACUUAUUUGUGGCAAUAUCAAAAAUCUAUGUUUUCCUACAUGUUCAGCAACACUUAUGGGUACUUCUCAUUUGUCUUUUGUUGUUGUUGUUGUUUCAAAGGGGAUGAAAGCCAUAGUAAAGCAUUUUGUUUGAACAAGUGGUCAAAAGUGAAUCAGUACAAGGACAGAAAAUGGCUGUUUGUCUUGCGUAUUUGUUUGUUUGCGUGCGUAACCUGUAGCAAUCUUGCAGUGAUGCCAGCAAAGGCGGCAGAGCCUAUCAGACUCGAGCGAAGGGAGAGAGUGGGGGGUGGGUGGGGCUGCGUAGGGGGGCGAGGGGCAGGGGUUGGGUGUCAGCCCCUCACUAGCAUCACUCUCCUUACAUCCACGAGCACAAAUGUGAGACUGUGCCAAAGAGAAGUGACCAGGUUGCUUCAUGUAGCCAAUAUGACAGCUGACAAAAAAUAGACUUAAAAAAAGAAAGAAAACAACAAAAAAAAACACCUGAAGGCAACGGUAGUUAAGUUUGACGAGAACGACCAUAAGUGUCAAAAUAAUUGUAAAACCCAAUGUGAUAUAUACUCAUGCACUUGAUAUUAUUUUACGCCACUUAUAGUGAAGCAACAUGGUUUAUUUCAAGAGCACUCAUAGUAUUUAAGAAUAGAUAUAUUAAAAAUAUGGAGAAAAAAAAUCUCAUGUUUUGAGAUGGGUAGUGUGCCGGGUGUGAGGCAAUAUCUCCUUCAUUUUGUUGUUGUUGUUGCAUCAUCUAAGCGUCCCUGAAACUUUACCCAGUACUUCCUGUCUCAAGACUUCUGGAAAAGACAUUGUAGCUUCCCGUGGCUACCGUAUUCUUUUGGCAAUGUCCAAGAACUAUAUACACAAACUGUCUUAAGGGUUAUGUUUGUGUCUGUUUUCCUCCUCACUCUACCCUCAUAAAGAUAUAAGCAAUUUGUCCCGCGCAGGCAACUCUGUAAAAAGUUAGAUUUUUUUUUUCUUUCAUUUUUUUUUCCUUAAUUGAAGCAAUUUGACCUGCAGGACUUUCUCAGUUAUAUUGCAUGGGUGCUUGUAAAUAAGAUAAAAAGCAAAUCUUUUCUAUUCAAAGAACAUGUAAGAUAAACAAUGUAUUUAGCAUGAAGCAUGACUUAUUUUCAUAUAAACCUUGAUCCUAGAGGAAAGAAUUUUUUUUGUUUGUUUUGCGCCAAAUCUUAUACCCGUGAGUUUAUUGGAUCUUGUUUUAUUUUAUCCUCCUGCGUAUAUUUGAAUCCUUUUGGGGUUCUUGAGCAGGUUUUCAAAGACACACCUUCAGGGAGCAACGUGGGGACAUAACUGUAGCUAACGGCCCGAGGGUGCCACCUUGAAACGUUGGUUCCGGCUCUUAGUGGUGGGCCUCUUGUCUUCGGCUCUUACGGUGGUUUAGGACUUUUAGGUGAUCAGUGUUAACCCCUUGUGUUAUUCCACAACACAUCUGUGGUGUGUCUGUGUGUGUGUGUGUGUGUAUGUGUGUGUGUGUGUGUGUGUGUGUGUGUGUGUGUGUGGUGUGUGUGUGUGUGUGUGUGUGGGCGUGGGUGCGUGUGUGCGUGCGUGUCCAGGAACACACAUUGUUUAACAUUGUGCCUGCCUGCCUGCCUGCCUGCCCUCAGUACCUCUCAGACAUGUGUUGACAGAUAUUUGUGUUUAACAUAACAGUAUUGUUCUGUUUUCUUUCAUUUUACCCUCCUGUGUGUGUGUGCGUGGGUGGGUGGAUGUGUGUGUAUUGUUUCCAGCAGCAUUGUUCAGUGUAAAUGUACCAAACAGAUGGACAUGUUGUCAAUGUCCUUAAAGAACCUCAUAUAUUCACAUACAAAGGCUAUUUGGAGAGGUAUUAAAGAGAACUACAGUAGGCACUCAAGUUGUAUAGCUGUACUGUACAUGAAGAUGUACACUUAAACCCAAACCUUGGCUUUGUUUUUCUCAAUGCACACACACCCUUUGUGUUUUUAAUGAGCGAUCCGAGUGAUUAGGGUGUUAUUGAUUAGGCAACCAGGGUCCUUGCACGAACAUGUUUUUCUCAAAAUUAUCGGACGGAAUCAUGUCUACAAAUGUACAAGGCAAUGUGCAAUGAUCAAAAUCAGCAGCUAUCGUUUAUUUAUUUUUUUAAAUAUCACACUACCCAGCUUCUCAAAGUUUUCUCUUGUCUUUUCAAGACAGAAGGCACACAACCAAUCACAAACAAAUUUUCGAAAUUUCACCAAAGUAUGAAUAGUUUUAGGCUUAACCAUACAUGCGGUUAAAAAUAGCGAUGGCCAUUUUAUGGAACUUCUCAGACCGAAGGGGGAAGACUGACACUGACUUGACAGCACCUCUGCACACUGCAAAAAUGCAAAUUCUUCCAAGUGAAUUGAAGUUAUUUCAAGUGAAAUAAUGUUUUACUGCACUUAUUUUAAACAGUUUUUGCAUAUUUUUUUAAUUUUUAGCACUACAAAAAGUUUUUAUUUUAUUUCAGGAAUCUUAAUUAGGUUUUAACUAGUUCCACUGGCAUAUUUUUUUUUUUUUUUACUUAUGCAGUGCACUCCAAAUAUAACUUUAGUUGUUUCAAGACACCAUAGUUGGUGGUUAAAGAGUACAAAAUGACCUGUGAGUCAAUUAUGAUGGCCAUCAUGAAUUGAAAUAUUGAUUUGCAAUUGUAAAUUGCAGUUUUUACUCAGUAUAAAGCAGUUCACUGUUUUUAAAAUCUACUGUAUACGUUGCUAAAGGUAAGCUAAUUCCACUCACUUUCAAGGCAUUAACUCUUCCAGCUGUGAAUGAACGAACGACUUCAUUUGGAAUUCACAAAGCAGGCAUGGACAAAGACGUUUUUUUUUUUUUUCAUUGUGAAGCAAUUUUGAUAUUGCGCCACUGUUUGUGGUUUGGCUCCGAACACCGCUUUAUUUGCUAGGGGGCUACAGUACAAAUGUGCACCCGAGCAGUGAGCCAAGUAGCCGAACGUAUGCAUGUCUCAUCCGCACUGGUGAAAUCCUUUUUGCCAAUUGUAGCAUGCAUCACUGGCUUUUUUUUUUUUUCAUUUUGUAUGGUAUCCAUGCUGACAUCACAAAAAAAAGGCUAAAAGGAGACAGUCAGUCAGUGUCUUAUGUACCACCUGUCUCUCUUGUGUGGUAUCUGUGUGAGGUCAGGCCGUCUGCUGUACUGACAGAAACAACCCACUUACGUGCUGACAAAUAUUACAUUGUUUAGUAAGGCGUGUCAAAAUAUGUGGCUUUAAAAAAAAAAAUCCUCUCUCUCGCUCAUUUGCAUUCAAGAACUCCUGAUCUGCAACAUAUCGAAAGCAUAUAGUUUACUUCACUGCCUAAGAAGACCCUUAAAAAGUUUGUUGUCAUUUCAAAGCUGCCAAGUUAGCUGAAAAAAAAUGCUAUAAAAUUAAGUAAAAGUCGCCAAUUUUUUUUUCUGUCUUUCUGCUCUCUCGGAGAAAAUAGUUUACAAUACUGCCGUUCUAUUUGGUGACUGUCAACGCUAAGUAUUGGAAAGCCAUAGGUUAGUGAUGUCAAAAAUGCAAAACUGUUAUUGAUCGGCGAGACGUGACGCAGAGUACACCCAGGUGUGUUUUGUUCAUCAGUAAAUGUUCAACUCUCUCCUUUAUCCUCUUCCUUGUUGUGCAAUCUUAUUGCCAAAGAAUGAGUUCCAGACCUGUUCCAUCACUACAUGUAAAUAUCAACGUUGUCCAAUACUGUGGCAAAAAAAUAUAUAUAAAUGUUGUUUUAUUUUUUUUUUCCAUUUUCUGAGA